AUGGAGAAGAGCAGAGACCCCCCUUGGGCCUCCUCAGGCCCCAGCUCCCCUCCCCCGGAACCGGGCGCUACCACCGGGCCCGGAGUAGGGGGGGGUGUCGCGGGUGUCGUGGACGCUUGGAGCUCAGCCCCUACCGCCCUCCGAACCAUCGAGACCUUCGUUCGCAAAGCCAAAUCAUCCAAGAAACGCGGCUUUAACCGGUUAAACCCCCCGGACACGGCCCUGUUGGAUAAAAUGCGCCUUAAAGACUCCUUGUUCGACUUAGGACCCCCCCCUCAAGCGGGCGCCAUUAGAGUGGUCCCACUUCCGCCUCCACUUCCGCCUCCUCCUCCUCCGCCGCCGCCGCCAUCUUUGACCGCGUCGCCACGGCGCCGGGAGCGUCGCAACCGGCGGGGAGGCGGGGGGGGCCGCCCGGAAGCGAGGCCCCGUAUUAAGAAGAGCAAGAAACGGCGUUGGAAGAAAACGGGAGGGGUUGAACGCGAAGGGGGAGGGAAAGCUUCCCCCAGCGAUACGGACUCGGAAGAGGAAGCCGAGCCCCCUCGGGCGCUCUCGGGUCAUCACACGCACCCCCCCCCUGCUUCCCCGCAAGUGGUAGCGUCCGAGGCGGAAGGGAGGGAGGUGGGAGUGGGGGGCAAAGAUGGCGGCGGCAGCACCGAGACGAGCCGGGACGGGGACGGGAGCUCCAGUGAGGGGGAGAUGAGGGUCAUGGAUGAGGACAUCAUGGUGGAGUCCGGCGACGACUCCUGGGACCUCAUCACGUGCUAUUGCCAGAAGCCCUUUGCGGGCCGGCCCAUGAUCGAGUGCAGCCAAUGCGGGACCUGGAUCCACCUCUCCUGCGCCCGCGUCCGCAAGAACAACGUCCCCGACGUCUUCUACUGCCACAAGUGCCGCGAGGGGCCCCCCCCCCCCCGCCGCGCCGCCCCCCCGCAGGGCCCUCAGGGGAACCCGAAAACGCAUUGA